ACGUGAACGAAAUAUGUUUUCGUCAGACAAAUAGGGUUUACGGUUCAUCUGGUUACAGCCAUAUAAAGCAUUGGAUCAUUGCCAUUUCGCAUUAGUAGGCUUAUUGAACUGUCAAAAAGUGUUUGUCAGCAGAUAAUCGGGUACAGGUAGAUCAAGAAAAUGCCGAAGGAAGGAACCACUGAGACUACGACCACGGAAUACGUCAAAGAAGAUGGAAAAAGAAUAAAAAAGACAAUAAUCACAACGACGACUGUUACAAAGACCGCUGAUGGAGGAUACAAAACAAAAAUAAAUACUAGCACAAAAAAGCAAGAAGUCGGGUCAGAUGAUGAUAGUGAUAGUGGCGCAAAAGGAGGUAAAAGCAAGCUGAGCGACAAAAUGAAAAAAUUGAAUGUCAGUGAUUCAGAUGACGACAAAAAACACGACGGAAAAAACGACAUGUCUAAUUCAAAUACUAAGGAAUUUCGAAGUGAUCUUCUGAUAAAAAUCAACCAAUUCAGACGAAAGCACCAGGCAACCGGACUUAAAGCCGACAGCAACAUUGACAAAGUUGCUCAGGAACACGCGGACAAAAUGUUGAAAAAAGACAAAAUUUCGCUCCAUUCAGGCAACUACGGACAAACUCUUGCAAUGAAGCUACCAAGACCGUCAGGCAAUAGCAUUGCGGAAAUGUGGUACAAGGGAAAGGAUGAAUAUGACUUUAAACGAGGAGAGUUCAGCAGAGAAUCUGGAAAUUUCACACAAAUGAUAUGGGGUGGAAGUAAAAGUGUUGGUAUUGGAGUUGCGUCCAAUAAAGAUGGAAAAACAUAUAUUGUUGCUUUGUACGAUCCUGCAGGAAACGUACAGAAUCACUUCAAAGACAACGUUAAAAAAGAAAAAUGAUAAAUUUCAAAUUGCAAAACCGUAGUAAUGCAAUUUAUUUUUAAAGUAGAAUGAAAGUAUUCCGGAAAUCUUCAUAAAUGCCUAUUCCCUAAAAAAAAAAAAUUUACUAUAUUUGCAUAUCAUCUAGAAUGAGCUAUAUUUCAUGGACUAUUUGUCUUAACAAUCUUUUUGUAGCAAGAUGAUUUAUGCUGCAUUCAUGAAUAUCGGUGGUCUACAAAAUUGGUAGAAUUUAUAUGUGCUUGAAUAAUUACUAAUUCCUAAAGUGUAUCGUUUACUAAUCGUUUAAAUAAACAUGGAAAUAUAGUUAUUACAAUAUCCAACUUAUUGUUAUAUAGAUUUUCAAGUUGUAAAGAUUUUGUCUAUGGAAGAUAUAAUCAAAAUAUACUAUUUCUUCAAAUAUACGAGAUUGAAAAAAUAUUAUGUACAUAUAUAUAUAUGUGUGUGUGCGUGUACACAAACCUCUUCAGCUAGUAUAAUUUGCUGUGUAGCUCCAUCUAAUAAAUCAAAACAUUUAG